GGAUAUGAUAUGGAAGAUGCCAUGGUUAUCAACAAGAGUUCAUAUGAGCGUGGCUUAGCGGCUGCGUGUAUCUACAAGUCAGAAAUCAUUGAUCUCUCCACUAUCUCUAAAUACUCUGGUAUAAAACAUCCGGUCAAUCGGAGCGCAGAUUCUGAAUACUUUUUUGAUACCAUAGACCCUUACUAUCACUCAAUAUUUGACAACUCUGAUUUGCGUCCUCUCUAG